AUGGCCGGUCUACUUCCUAAGCUUGGAGACACCCUCGGCGUCUCGAGCAAUGUCCCCCCAGGCUACGCGAGCACAAUCAUCAUCAACACCACCAUCCUCGGCACCAGCUACGACGACACCGUCAUCAGCGCCGCCGAGGAGCACUUCCACACCUUCAAAGACGUCGACGCCCUCGCUAUCUUCGUCACAGACGCCAUCCGCUCGCCCUCUCACAACCUUCAUCAUCUCAACAACUACCAGUAUCUCAGUAACACCUACACCAUCACUAUCAGACACACCACCACUGCCGUCACCGACGUCAAUUCCUCCGUCGGUAGCUCCUUCAGUCGCGCCAUCACAGCCACCAGUGAUACCCAUCUCCACCCCCGAAGUAUCACCCUCACCGGUACCUUCUUUCAUCCCCCCUCCGCCAGAGUCGACACCAUCGUUGGCUCCCACACCGACACCAACGCCGACGCCGCUGCCCAGUAG